CUAACCCCCCGACCCUCCAUACAGAGACGGCAUCCGCCUUACACGAGUGGUUGAGAUAUUAUGCAACACCCGGUCUCUCUCAUCUACUUUAAGAGUUCCCCCCAAUGAUAUUCUACAGAAGCGACAUAAUGCAUCUGUGGCGAUAGAGUCGUUAAAAUCGUUCGGAAUUUCCACGAACGACGAUCGGAACCAACCAAUCACGUCGCACGAUAUAGUGAAGGGACAUCGGGAGAAAACUUUAUGUUUGGUUUGGAAUAUUGCUUCCUAUUUUCAGAUCGUAUCAGCGAUAAACGAGGGGAAACUCCGAGACGAGAUUCGGUUCCUUGAUCGAAGUUUGAAGUUGAAACAUAAGUUGGAUGGAACGAAGGUUAAACAUGAGAAUGUAGCACCUGCAGGGGAAUCCCCACAAACAAGAAUGGAUAUUAUAGCUGACCUUUUAUUACAAUGGUGCAGGAAAGUUUGUUCGUUCCACGAGUUAAAAGUCGAUAAUUUCUCGGGAUCCUUCACGGAUGGUCGAGUUCUAUCACGGUUGAUCGCACACUACCAACCUUCCAUUGUUAGAAGGGACGAUGUUUGUGAUGUCACUACCACCAACUAUGAUGCAUCACAAGAUACGCAUUCAUACGAACAACUUGUACAAAAUGAAAAGAGUAACUUCUCGUUGGUGAAGCAGGCAUGUUAUCAACUUGGGGGAAUCCCCGGUAUACUUAGAAUAGAUGACAUGUGUGGGACGAUACCGGACGCAAAAGUUGUGAAACUUAUCGUGGCUUACUUGUUUACGAGGUUGUCCGAUACUAAGAGUGAAGACAGGUGAGUUCGGUUGAUUGUGUUGAUAUGAUUGGACUAAUUUGUUUGUAUGUGGAGUUUAUUCUUGUGUGCGAAACGCCCCUUUUUAUUUGCCUUCUUCUACCGUUCUUUUUCGUGUUUCCCAUGUGUUCAAAACUGAAUCAUUACAAUAUAUACAACCAGCAAUAAGCAUCGUCGCUACAAUAUGUACUGA